AUGACGCUAACAAUUCACCGCGCUCGGGAGUGCGAAUAUGUCCGAAUCUGGGCAGCGAAUGCCACCUCCACCACGAGUCUUUCGUCCUUACAACAGCAAGAUCACGCCACAUGGAUGAUUUCCGACGCAUCUGCAGCUUUUAUAACGAAUGGAGUCCUGGAACUACAAAAUACGUCGCUGCGAAUUGCUUUUCCAUUAGAAACUUCCGCAACGUUGCAUCGAUUCUCAAUGCGGACACGUAUACCACAAAACGGUCAGACGAUGAUCAAGGCGCAGCUCCAUGGACGAACACUUGCCAUUGGGUCAAUUCCACAAGAAACUGCGAGUAAUGAAGUCUUCAUUGGAUCAUCUGUCGGUCAAACAGUUGCUGUUCAGCUUCCAUGCAUCACGAAUGUGGCAGAUGCGUUCCUCGACGUGGAGUUUGUUUGGCACGACGAGUGGGUACGAUGGUUUGUAAAUGGAGCGAUGCUUUUAGAGGAGUUCAUGCCGCAAGAUAAGGAACAAAACGAUAAAAAAGUUAUCAUGGAAUUCCAUGUCGAGGCUAAUCUAAGCGUUGAAUUAAUUGAAUUGAGUUCGGCCAAUGCUACUGAUCCCUUCUGUGCUCCUCGAUACUCAACAUCAAGCAAUUGUAGAACGCACGAAUCCCUGACUCCUCGUCUUGGCUCGAUAAGUGGCUCUUUGUCCGUGGAAGAAGUGGACGCGUUUAUAGAUCAAGUAGCGGCAACAUUUCCACAGAUUAGCAGGAUCGAGAACCUUGGAAGAUCUGUGGAGGGAAGGCCACUACGUGCACUCUGUUUGGGUGCAUGUGAUGCUCAGGACGAGCGAAAGAUCCCACAAGCGCUUUACACAGGAAUGCACCAUGCCCGAGAGCCGCUAUCGACAAUGAGUAUGGUAUACACGAUCGAUAUAUUAAUUCUGGAUUAUCGCAAUGGAGACCUUGCAGCUUUAGAGUUACUGACAUCACGUCAGCUCUGGUUUAUCUUAAUCGUUAAUCCUGAUGGAUAUGCACACAAUGUGAUGGGACGUGUGUGGGAGAACAGCGAGAUUGGACAGCGAAAAAGUGGAGCACCGACUUGCGAUAAAAGCCCUAAGGAUGCUGGUGUGGACUUAAAUCGUAACUAUGAUAUAUGUUUCGCGCGGGAUAAAAAAGGCAGCAGCAAUGAACCGUGCGGAGAUGACUAUAGCGGCGCCAAAGCUUUUUCAGAGCCUGAGACACAAGCUGUACGCGACCUUGUGGAGCGAAAUACGUCCGACUUUAGCGUGGCUCUUAAUUAUCACUCGUACGGCAAGUAUAUGAAUUUGCCAUUUGCUUGCCAGGCGAAAGGCGAACCCAGUGCACCGAAUAAUACCGUGUUUGUGGCAUUAGCUCGCGAAAUGGCACACUAUAAUGGGUUUGCAUAUGGUCAGUCAUGGAAAGAAAGCAAUUUGUACACAGUGAAUGGCGAUGCGAGUGAUUGGAUGUGGCAGGCGCACGGAAUCUUUGCCAUAUCCCCCGAAGUUGGUCCUGAGUUUGACAUCGCUGGAGAAAUUGGUUUUUGGCCGCCUAUCGACGAGGUUCCUCAUAUCUCUUCAGCCCUUCACUACUCGAAUUUUUACAUAGCACGUAUGGCCGGACCCGUGUACUUACUUGAUGUGAAAAAAGUUGAGCUGCGCACAGUUGACGGUGAUGGGGCGACGUCAUCGUUUGUUUAUGUGGAUGUGGUGAUUUCAAACUUUGGGCUGCGCUCUGAGACUGCCGAAGUGCUGGGCUCUGUGUUUAUUAAUGGAACUAGCUCUAGUGAUCCUAUACAUUUACAUCUCAAAGCGAAUCCAGUCGGCUCUGAAGCCAUGACUGAGGAGAAACAUACGAUAAAGGUUCCUUACGCGAAGAUAAAUUUUCAUCAACCGGCAAGUGAGAUUAAGGAACUCUAUCUUGUUGUCAGGGACGUGCUAAGUUGCCAACUCUUCCGUGUUGCGGUGCAUUUUCCAACAUCUAUCAGUCAGAGUAAUCAAACUAGUUUUCAGUCUUGGACACCGCUUCCGCUGCCUCGUUGCGGGACGUGCGAGUUGUUUGGACGCGCAGAUGAGGACGCGAGCAUGCGUAAUCGCUCACCAGUGUGCCUCGACGUUCGUGAUGUCACAAAGCUAGAAUUACUCCAUACGCAUAUUGUCACAGCUGUGGUGAUUUCUGGGAUCAAAGAUGACAAUCUCACAAGUAAUCACCCAUACCCUACCGCCAGCGAACACCAGGGAUCAACUCUGUCAUCAUAUCUGCCGUCGUCAUUAUCUUGGCUAGACCUAGUUGCGAUAGCAUCAUUAUUGACGCUCAUACUGGUUGUCGUAGUUGUGCUUGUCUUAAGGUGGCAACGGAGACUCGGAAAAAAUCGUAUGAGAGCCAAGCCAGCCUUAGGGGCCUUGAAGAAAAGAACCAAUAAUGUUCGAUACUCACGCGUUGAUGACGACGCAGCUAGCUCACCAGCAGCAACCAUGUCAGCUACACGUCAGACUCGCGACGAAAAAAAGAUUGAUUUAAAAGCUGUGGACGCAGACUUGAUUACAAUUAUAGCUCAACUUUGCGGAAAGUACGCCAGUGCAAAUUUUGAUCAGGUUGAGCAUGUAAACGUGGAAAAGGUUGGUAGAGGGCACAAGUCAAAGAAGCUUGUAGUAUGGCAUAGCCAAGGUGACCAAAAAAUUUUGGCAAGAUCUGAACUUGCCCGCUCGGUAUCACUCAAUUUCAGCAAACCCAUGGGGACCGUCACACAUUUUGCGACUUUGCUGAUUGCUUCACUCUCCGUUUCGUGGUCAGUCACGAUUGCCCAACUGUCGCCCAUAACCUGUCAACCAGCCCUGAGUAGCUCGUACUUGGACGCAGUUGCUGCGAAUCCGAAUCUUAAAGAUCAAAUUCAGCUUGUUGCCAAGCACCAAGUCGCUCAAUGGUACACCGAUCGAGUCGCGGACUAUGCUACCUUAGCCAAGACCGUGGUUCUUCCAAAGUGCGACACUAAGAACGCGAGCCCACCCACCGUUAUCGUGUACGGUCUUCCUCAAAAGGAUUGCGCUGGUGGCUAUUCCACUGCUGGAUCAAACGCAAAUACUGAUGAUUACCGCGUCUUUUUGCAGCAUCUUGCGGACGCUACUGGUGAUCAACAUGUAAUUUAUAUCUUAGAGCCUGAUGCUAUCGGCUUAUUAGCUGAUGCUGGAUGCGGUAACGACAAGAAUUAUGCUGCUAAUCUCGGUGUCGCAAUAAAUACUCUUUCGCAGAAUAUCAAUGCUGAAAUGUACCUUGAUGUCGGGUACUGGACGCUCGCUAACGACGAACAAGCUGCGGCUGUUGCCAAAAUUGUAAGCGCUGUCGACCCAGGUUCCAUAUGCAAGGGUAUUGCUCUCAACACAGCAAAUUAUCGCUCGACAGCUGAAAUGGUUGCUACCUGUGAACGAUUUGUCAACGCAAGUGAUAGGAACUACAAGUGUAUCGUCGACACCAGCCGCAACUAUGUUACAGUCUCAAAGGAGUGGUGCAACUCAAAAUGGGCAGGAAUUGGCGAAUUUCCGACAAACACCACGGGAUCCGAUGUUGUGAGCCACUUCAUUUGGGCAAAGCCAGCAGGUGAAAGUGACGGUGAGUGCACAGGCCAGUCUGACGAUGCACUCCGAGGUCCAAAAGCCGGAGCUCGGAAUGACACCAAUUAA